AUGCCGGUUUCUCCGCCGCUAAUCGUGGGGAUGGUGAAGUCGGAGCUGACCAGCAAGUACGAUCUGAGCUCGCUUCUGGUACUGGGCUGCGGCGGGGCUCCGCUCGGGAAGGAUGUCGCUGAGAAGUUCAAGGAGAAAUUCCCCAACAUGGACAUCAUCCAGGUAUAUAUAUAUAUAUACAGUCUAAUUGAAUUGAAGAAGCUUUGUUGA